AUGGCAAUCCUCAUCCUUGAAGAUAAAGUGGUUGGGAGUUUUAGUCAGAUUUCCGUGGGAUGCGGGUCGAAAUGGUUGUCGGGAGAAUGCAAGGGUUACGGGUACGGACUGACAGAAUGUAAGGUUUAUUUCGAACAAGUUAGAGCCUUUAGACUGGACAGUUUCGAAGGAAGUACUUGAGGUGGCCUUAAACAAGACCAGCUUGAAGAAUGAGACGGAGAAAUUCGUGUGGAUUAACUAUCCGACGAAAGCAAAGACGUGUAAGGUAAGCUGGACACAGACAUAAACUUCAUAACUCGUCCAAUGGUGAAGCAGUGCAAAUUGAUACGAAACCACUUACUAAUCCGUUGCAGGGAGAUUCCGGUGGUCCUGUAAUCUGCAGGCUCGGCAAAAAAUCGGUUUUCUCAGGCGUCAUCAGUCGGCUUUUCGGAAAUGUUAAAAAUUCAGAUGUCGAUUAUUGUAUCCACUCUCUAGCUGCCGGAAUCACCACCUCAUAUUCGAUCUUCGAAUACAUCCAUCAGCUCCCCAAAGACGCCAAGGAUUACAUUCUGGGCCAUGUCAAGUUUGAAAAUUGUGCCCUGUAA